AUGCACUACUACGAACUGGCCGUUCCCUUGGUGGCUGGCUUGAUCGGAUUACCCACGAUCAACGCCGCAGCACCUAGUAUUGCAACGCUAGGGUCUGUUUCGAUACUGAGCGAUAACGACCUUGCUGGGAAUCUCACCACUAGGACUACAGGCGCGCUUCUCCUGUCCAAGUCUACCUACUCAGCCGCCGAACGACGUUGCGCUUCUGCAAAUGAAAAGCUAUGGUCUCCAUCUGACUCUGACUAUUCACUCGGCCUUGGCAAUGCCUUCUCAUACCAAGCAUAUCUCAAGGGGAACGAGACCUUGCAGUACUGGAUCUCAUCUCCAUCAAACUACUCUAAUAUCUGCAGCACAAUAGCCACCAAUGGAGCCAUCUCACAAGAGCCUUGCGAGUCCACUUUGCCAGCCUUGUGCACAAACUCAGGUCCCAUUCUGAGCGCCAACCAGUCCUCUCCCAUUCCUUCACUGCAGGUCGUUGUGCAAUCCGGCAAACAAACCAUCACAGGUUUCCGCGAUUUCUAUACCUUCCAGUUCCGAGGUAUACGCUUCUCGGAACAGCCUGAGCGGUUCACUUUCUCGAGCUUGUACGAAGGGCAAGGCCACGUCGAUGCUACGAAGUACGGCCCGGGAUGCUUGCAAGGUCCUGAUCCGCGAUGGCCAGAACUCAGCGAAGACUGUUUGUUUCUGAACGUCUGGACUCCGUUUCUUCCCGCGAAGGACACUCCCAAGAAGAAGUUGAAGCCAGUCAUGGUGUGGCUUUACGGCGGUGGCAGUGUCGCUGGUACCGGGACUGAUUACGAGAAGGAGGGCGGCAACCUCGCGUCUCGGGGGGAUGUUGUGGUGGUGACGUUCAACUACCGCGUCGGCAACCUGGGGUUUCUCGCUUUCAACGAUGGUGUGCACAAGGGUAACUAUGGAAUUUCUGAUAUGGUCACUGCGCUGCGCUGGGUGCAGAAGAACAUCAAGAACUUCGGCGGCGAUCCAGAUCGCGUGACGAUCUGGGGCGAGAGUGCGGGUGCCACGAAUUCGCGCACGUUGCUCGCCGUUCCUCAGCUAAAGGGCUUGAUUCACGGCGCGAUUAUGCAGAGUUCGUCCGGCGAAGUCACCAUCGAAGCAGGCGCCACGCGUUUCGACUCACCGGCCACAAAUUACGCAAAAGUCACGACGAAAGUCCUACAGGAGAGCGGCUGCGCUAACGUAACAGACGAAGUCGCCUGCCUCAGCUCCUACGACGCCAUUAGAUGGGCCACCGAGCCCGGCCGUACACAAGCCCACUUCCCUGUCCGCGACGACAUCCUCCUCUUCACGCGCGCGCUCCCACUCUCCGGCCCUCUUGCCCAACCUCACAACAUCCCCGUCGUGAUUGGCACAAACCGCGAUGAGCUCUCCUACCAGAUCGCAAAUCCUACUACCAAUUUUACGUCCAACCUCGCCCUCCUGACCUCCUUUUCUGGCGUCGACAUGAUGCACCUGUCCAACUCCUCAUUUUCUCCUGAACGCCUUCCCACUUGGCCAUCGCUUACACAGGCUGAACAAGAGGCCGCCGUCUUCAACGCCACAAACCGCGUAGCGACUCGGCUUUACUUCACCUGCCUCACCCAUGCCUUUGCCUACUCCGCCACGAAAAACAACGUCUUCAGCGCAGUAUACGAAUUCCAGUUCAAUAGGACGUACCAAACACCGCGCUUCGGCAACUCCGCACGCCCUAUCUGCGGGCGCGAUGUCGAAAAUCCGGACGAGGAGGAGUACUACAAGUGCCACGCGGGAGAGGUGCCGUAUACGUUCGGCAACAUCCUGCAGCAGAACUGGCCGGAUAGAGAUGGGAAGGAUACAAAGUUUGCGAGAUUGGUUGUGGAUUGGUGGAGUGGGUUUGCGAGGACAGGGCGGAUGGAGGCUGAGGAUGGAUGGCUGGAGGCGAGGGGGUAUGGGGAGAGCAGAGAGAAGAUGGAGGAGGCUGGACGAUGGAAGGGGGAUGGGAGCGGUCUUAUGCAUUGGAGCGAGCAGGUAGCUGUUGAGAUAGGCACGUGGAGGUCAUCUUCUUGGUGGAGCGCGAAGCGGUUCAGCACUUGGAAGAUUAAGAAAGAUUGA